CUAUGGAAGACUAUGUUGAAAAAAAUAAUAAGUCAACUUCUUACACCAUCAUGUGGGAAAAUAGUAAAAUUUACGAUUUAGUAAAAGAAAUGUAUGAUAAAACCAAAGAAACAAAAGAAACCAAAGAAGUAAUAAAUAGAGAUAUGAUUGAAAAGAGAAAUAAAGAAGUUCGUGAAUUGUACGAACAAAUUUCUCGCCGCCAAGCUGAACUAAUCAAAUUAAUUCAAAAAGCUAAUAAUAAAUUAGAUGAAUUGGGGAAAAUUACUGGAAAAUCUUACAUGAUAUAG